AUGGAUCUCAAUCUCAUUAUGUCGGAAUCGACCACCACAUCCCAGCCGUGGUCUCUAGCCGGGAAGACAGCGGUUAUCACGGGAGGAUCACGAGGAAUCGGACGAGGGAUCGCGAUCCACUUUGCGCGAAAGGGCAUUGCCAAUAUUGCCAUCACUUAUGUCUCGAACAAGGCAGCAGCGGAGGAGACCCUGAAAGCUUGUCGCGAGCUCGGCGCGCAGCGGACGUGUAUGAUCCAGGCCAACAUGGUCGACCAUGAUGUCGGUCAGCGAGUGAUCAAUGAAGCCCUUUCUGGAUUGGAGGCGAAGACCAUCGACAUUCUGGUCAAUAACGCCAUCUUGGGAAACGCUGAUAGACCUAAAGCGGUGACCGAGACGACGCCGGAAGACUUCGCUGAGAUGAUGCACGCCAACGUGUUUUCCCCUGUCAGCUUGACCGUCGCGUUCAUGCCCCACGCCCCAUCGUAUGGCGGACGAGUCAUCAACAUCUCCAGCAUCGCUGGCAAGCAGGGAAAUAGGGACCCAAUUAUGACCUAUGGCGCAAGCAAGGCCGCCCUUGAGAGCUUUACGAGGUCCUUUGCAGAGCAGUAUUCCGCGCAAAAGGGCAUGACGUUCAACAGUGUUAGCGUUGGCCCGACGGCGACUGACGCCUUCGAAAAUGCUAAGAAGACCUUCCCCGCAGACUUUCUCGAUCAACAGGUCAAAGAUAUCACCGCUGCAGCUAGGAUUGGCGAGCCGGAGGAUAUCGCGUAUAUUGUUGGCUUUUUGGCGAGUGAGGAGGGUCGCUGGGUGAAUGGUGCAGCUGUAAUCUGGUGCACCAUGGGUGCUGAACGGAAUGAUUCUGCCAUGGAGGCACCCCCGCGGAAGCUGGUCAACAUCGAACAUGUCCUGGAGAACGCCACUCUCGCCGAAAAGAUCUCGCUACUAGCAGGUUCCGACUUCUGGCACUCCACACCUCUCCCACAGUACGACGUCCCGGCUGUCAAAUGCACCGAUGGGCCCAACGGCGUCCGGGGCUCCAGGUUCUUCAACCCGGUGCCGGCCCUAUGCAUACCCUGCGGAAGCGGCUUAGGAGCAACCUGGAAUCCUGAACUGAUUGAACAGGCCGGCAAACUAUUGUCCAAAGAAUGCGAAGCCAAAGGAGCUCAUGUCUGGCUUGGCCCAACAGUAAACAUCAUCCGGUCCCCACUGAAUGGCCGCGGCUUUGAAUCCUUCUCAGAAGACCCGCAUCUCAGCGGAAUUCUCGCCGGUUCUAUUAUCAAAGGCGUUCAGUCACGAGGAACCUUGGCCGCUCUCAAGCACUUCGUGGCGAAUGAUCAAGAAACGGAAAAGAUGUCGGUUGAUGUUUGCAUAUCUGACAGAGCUCUACGUGAGAUCUAUCUCAUGCCCUUCCAAAUCGCCCUGCGAGAUAGCAAUCCAAGGGUCGUCAUGUCGUCCUACAACAAGGUUCAGGGAUUGCACGUCUCAGAAAGUCCCAAGAUCCUACAAGAUAUUUUGAGGAAAGAGUGGGGAUUUGACGGGCUCAUCAUGAGCGAUUGGUACGGGACCUACUCUUGCGAAGCCGCCUUGAAUGCCGGUGUCGACAUUGAGAUGCCUGGACCUAGCAGGUACCGCGAAAAGGAGGCCCUCGCUGCGGUGUUCUCGGGCAAGGUUGCGCCACACACUAUCGAUGAACGCGCCAGGAAGGUAUUGGAGUUCGUCAACGAUGCGGCUUUGGCAAGAGUUGGAAAGGAAGAGACCACUCGGGAUGUGCCGGAGGAUCGAAAUCUCAAUCGACGCUUAGCUGGUGAAAGCAUUGUGUUGUUGAAGAAUGAGGAGAACAUCUUACCGCUGAUAGCAGAACACUGCGAUGAAGUGGCUGUGAUUGGACCCAAUGCAGAGAUCCCGGCUGCAUGUGGUGGUGGAAGUGCUAGUCUGCGGCCCUACUACACCAGCUCUGUCCUGCAGGGUAUCCGAGGAUCACUACCACCACACGCGAAGGUUCACCAUGAGCCUGGCGUCUAUGGACACAUCUUGCUGCCUCCCUUCACUGCAGAACAUGUCUUCAACGACGCAGGUCUCGCAGGGGUUACCAUCGAGAUGUUCAAUGAACCACAUACCACAGCUGGCCGAAGGCCAUUUGAUCACGUCACAAUACCCGACACCACGUAUCAACUCAUGGACUACAGACAUCCCGACAAGGUGGAAACGUUCUUCAUGUCAAUGCGAGCGCAUUUCACCCCCGAACACACCGGUCCCUACGAAUUCGGCUUAGCAUCAUAUGGAGAGAGCAAUUUGUACAUCAACGACGAGCUUGUCAUUGACAAUUCAACUGAACAAACACCAGGGGGGAUGUUUUUCGGCAAAGGGUCUGCAGAAAAGCGAGCUGUCUACGAGAUGACAGCCGGGAAGCGUUAUGUGCUACGGGUGGAGGCGGGAAGUGCCUCGACAUCAAAGGUAACUGGCGGCUCGUUGCUAGCAAUUCCAGGUGGGGCUUGCAGACUUGGUGGAUGUCGGAAAAUCGAUCGUAAAGAAGGUAUCCGGAGAGCAGUCGAACUAGCCAAAAGGUGCAAGUACACUGUGGUUGUAGCUGGUCUUAACGCCGAUUUGGAAAAGGAAGGCAAGGACAGGAGAAACAUGGACUUACCUCCUCAUGUCGACAAGCUCAUUUCUGCUGUCUUGAAAGCACAGCCAGACGCCAUCAUCGUUACACAAGCAGGGAACCCCAUCCGGAUGCCUUGGAGGCACUCGGCGAAGUCAAUGAUUCACAGCUGGUACGGCGGCAACGAAGCCGGGAAUGCCGUCGCAGAUGUCCUCUUCGGGCGCAUAAACCCUAGCGGGAAGCUACCCAUGACUUUCCCUGACCGUUUAGAAGACAAUCCUGCCUUCCUUAGCUUCGGUAGUGAUAACGGAAAGGUUCAUUACUCCGAGGGCGUGUUCGUUGGAUACCGAUGGUAUGAGACGCGUCGUAUCACACCAGCAUUUCCUUUCGGCCACGGACUUAGCUACACAACUUUCGACAUUUCAGGUAUUCAAGCAAGCCCAUCCCAGGUUCAGUUCAGCAUACAGAACAUCGGCGAGAGGGCAGGCGCUGAGGUUGUUCAAAUGUACAUCGGCUACUUCGCCGUCUCUCAAGUUUCAAGAUUCGCGCGGCCGCGACAGGAACUCAAGGGCUUCAAGAAAACCUACCUUGAGCCAGGCGAGCGGAAGCUUAUAACGAUUCCAAUCGACAAAUACAGCACGGCUGUUUGGGAUGAGAAGAGGAAUAGUUGGUGUUGUGAGAAAGGGGACUACCUUGUUUCUGUGGUGUCAGCCACUGAAAAGCUGAUGGGCUCCUUCAAGAUUGAGAAGAGCAUCUUCUGGAACGGUCUUUGA